CGAUGGAGUCGCUCAUCGUCACGCCGGUCGCAAAGUCGUCCGCGAACCAGCGCGCCGGCCGCGCGGGCCGCGUCGCCCCCGGCAAGUGCUUCCGGCUGUACACCAAGUGGGCCUACCUGAACGAGCUCGAGGACAACAUCAUCCCGGAGAUCCAGCGCACCAACCUCGGCUCGGUGGUGCUCAUGCUCAAGUCGCUCGGCAUCAACGACCUCAUCCACUUCGACUUUAUGGACCCGCCGCCCGCGGAGACGCUCAUCCGCGCGCUCGAGCAGCUCUACGCGCUCGGCGCGCUCAACGACCGCGGCGAGCUGACCAAGCUCGGGCGGCGGAUGGCCGAGUUCCCGAUGGACCCGCAGGCCUCGAAGACGCUGCUCUCCGCCGAGCCGUACGGCGUGGUGGCCGAGGUGCUCUCCAUCUGCGCGAUGCUGCAGAUCGGCGCCUCCAUCUUCUACCGGCCGAAGGAGCGCGCGAUGCACGCCGACAACGCGCGCAACAACUUCAACCGGCCGGGCGGCGACCACUUCACGCUGCUCAACGUGUGGAACCAGUGGGCCGAGACGCAGUACUCGACGCAGUGGUGCUUUGAGAACUUCAUCCAGGUGCGCUCGAUGCGCAAGGCGCGCGACAUCCGCGAGCAGGUCGAGGCGCUCUGCGAGCGGGUCGAGCUCGAGGUGACGUCCGACCCGCAGGCGACGGAUGGGGUCGCGAAGGCGGUCACGGCGGGCUACUUUUACCACACGGCGCAGCUGCAAAAGACGCUCGACUACCGGACCGUCAAGCACCCGCAGACGGUCCACGUCCACCCGUCCUCGACGCUGCACGGCUCGCAGCCACGGUGGGUAGUCUACCACGAGCUCGUCUUCACCACCAAGGAGUUUAUGCGGCAGAUCAUCGAGAUCAAGCCCGACUGGCUCGUCGAGAUCGCGCCGCACUUUUACCAGCGGAAGGACAUCGAGGACGACGCGGGCAAAAAGAUGCCCAAAACCGCGGGCAAGGCGGCCGCGGCGGGCGGCAGGGGGAAGGCGUCGGUGACAUGACGCCGCGAGGGCGCCGGCGGGGGCCGCGCCCAAAUAAAUCACGUACAGUACACACGCCCGACCGUGAUCUCCGUGAGAGCGCCGUGUGUCCCUCUCGAGCGCGGGCCGCGGGGGGGGAAAUGUCGAUCUCCGAGACUUUGCACACAUACCGUAUCGCGUCGAUAGUAUCGUGAUAGAAAAG